CAGCUUUUCUUUGUAGCAUAUCAACAAAACACUCACAUCGCCAAAUAACAAAAUGAAUCAUUUCACGAAAUUAUUUGCAAUUUUUCUCGUGUUUAUCCAAAUCCAAAUAGCCUUGUCUCAAUCGUUGGAACAGAAGGUCUGCCAAAAAAACCGUUAUCAAGCACUAUGUUACUCCACUCUAAAUCUUAAUCCUAGAAGCAAAACCUCAAAUGUCCAAGGGUUUGCGUGGAUCGCCGUAGAUGCGACCACAAAGAAAGUAAACGAGAUGCAACAGUACCUUGUCUCUAUCCUAAAGAAUAUUAGUGACCGUGGAGACUUUGAGAGGUAUGGAACUUGCGUCGAGGAAUUUGGUGCGGCCAUUGAUAGGUUUUUACCUGCAGUGGUGGCCGGUCUAAAGGCCGGGAAAUAUUCGGAGGCUUUAUCUCAAAUGAGAGAGGUUGUGGCAAAGCCGGGUUAUUGUCAGCAACAGUUCGCCGGAAUUGCCGGAAUUUCAGAGUUGACUAACCGUAACAAAGCCGUUCAUGAUAUCGCCGAUAUGACUACUGAUAUUAUGAAAAUGUUGUGAUCUAUUCUCGUUAAACUUUUUAAAAUUCACUAGAACAAUAAAUAAGAUACUUUAGUUCCGAUU